AUGGCACACUUCAGCUACGCAGAAUGGCAGCGACUCAAGGGGUUUCACCUCGAACUUGCGUUGAUCGGCGUCGGUUUCACUGUCCUCGUGACCAUCUUGGGCGUCGUUCUCUAUCGGCUUGGCGGGCAGAUUCCUAUAGACAAACUGACCAGCAACCCCUACAUUAGAUUUGUUUACGCCUGCAUGCUCAAACCGCACGACAGGCGGUCCGAUGGCGGUCAACAGGGUGCUCUCGAAAGCUUUUACUCGACUCAGGCGAACGUCUAUGACUCUACCCGAAAACGCCUUCUGCGAGGGAGGGAAGAUAUGCUUGCGAUUGUUCUCGCCCAAUUGCAAGGCAAACUGACCUCCGGAGACGGACGCAAACCAGUCUGGUAUGACAUUGGCGGCGGCACCGGCUACAACAUCGAAGUGAUGGACAAAUUGGUGGGCGUGGAGGGCUUCUUCGAACAUGUCUUCCUCGUUGAUCUUUCAACCUCCUUGUGCGCAGUCGCCAGGGAAAGAAUCCACAAGAAUGGCUGGGAGAACGUUACAGUACUGUGCCAGGAUGCGCGGUCGGUCGCGUGCAAUCCUGGGUCUGCUGACCUUAUCACCAUGAGCUACAGCUUGUCCAUGAUCCCCGACUAUUACAGUGUGGUGGACAUGAUUACGAGCUUCUUGUCCCCGAGAGGCUUGAUUGGAAUUGUCGACUUCUACGUCCAGAGCGUUGUCGACUACUCAUCCAGAAAUUAUUGCGGCGGGGCUUUCAAUCGUCAUGUCAACUGGUUCGGCCGCAUGUUCUGGCGUACAUGGUUUGAGGCAGAUCGAGUUAACCUCGACGGUGGACGCAGAGACUACGUGGAAUACCGCUUUGGCACUAUCCUUUCGACGAGCCAGCGGAACUAUCCUCUUGGUGGCAUUCCUUAUUAUAUCUUUAUCGGCUGCAGACGAGACGCUGAGGCGUUUGCAGAACAAGGUGUCGAAGUCCUCGAAAAACUUGACGCCGCACUCACCGAAUCGCCCUACCUCUCCCCAAUGAAAUUUAAAGAACGACGAAAUCUGGACGCCAUCCACAACAUCCCACGCUCAAAAUCCUACGAGUCGGCCAUCGUGAACUUGAGCAACGACCUGCCUCUACCAUCCGCCUUCUACCAACAACAUCACUGGAGGAUCUACUACAAUGACCUCCUCCGAAAGCAUCAGCAGUUCGGCAACGAGUAUAUUUACGCCUUCAAUUGGGAAGACCCCAAAGUCGAUCGCCAACUCUUGAAUAUCAACCAAGACGACGUAAUCCUUACCAUAACCAGCGCAGGCGACAACAUUCUCGAUUAUCUUCUUGAGAAGCCCAAACGCAUCCAUGCAGUUGACCUCAAUCCAAAUCAGAAUCAUCUCCUUGAGCUCAAGAUCGCGGCCUUUACAGCCUUACCUUAUAGCGAUGUCUGGCAAAUAUUCGGCGAGGGAAAGCACCCAGACUUCCGUAACCUCUUGCUCUCCAAAUUCAGCCCGCACAUGUCGAGCCAAGCAUUCCAGUACUGGCUCAGCAAAUCCUACAUCUUCUCCUCCAAAGGAGGACUUUACGAGAGUGGUGGUUCUAGACAUGCCAUCAAGCUUAUCCGCUGGCUGUUCAAGACCUUCGGCCUAACAGCUAAAGUCCGGACUUUGUGCAGAAUCGAAACACUUAACGAGCAGCGCGAGAUUUGGCCUCAAAUCCGAAACCUUCUGCUAAGUUGGCCGCUGCACAAGACUGUCGUUUCUACGGAGUGGUGGGCGUGGAAAGCUGCGGGUGUGCCUCCUAAUCAACACGCGCUGAUACUCGACGAUUAUGCACAGCGGACUAAGCUGCCGAAAUCAAAGAAGCUAUGUGGGGAGGCCAUCUGGCAGUAUGUUGUUGAUACGUUGGAUCCGGUUGUGGAAACGACCCAGAUUAGUCGGGACAAUUAUUUCUACUAUCUCUGUCUCCAGGGAAAAUUCUCUAGAAAAUGCCAUCCUCGCUACCUUGGCGUCAGAGCGCACGCACAGCUCUCGAAGCCAGACGCAUUCGAUGGCUUGCGCAUCCACACAGAUGAAAUCAUGGAAGUCAUUGCCCGUAUCAGCCCAUCGACACUGACCAUCGCAAUCCUCAUGGAUUCAAUGGACUGGUUCGAUCCUAACGAUGCCGAUGGAGCUCCAGCCGAACAAAUCAUUUCGCUGAAUAAAGUCCUCCAGGUGGGCGGCCGAGUGCUGUUCCGGUCCGCGGCGCUGAGGCCGUGGUACACCGACAUUUUUGAGAAGAAUGGCUUUGACGCCAAGUGCGUGGGCAGACGGGACUCGGGGAAGUGUAUCGAUCGGGUCAACAUGUACGCUUCAGCAUGGAUCUGCACGAAGAAGGUCAACAUCUCCGACAGCCCGAUCAUUCCAUCGAAGCGGAAGGACGCCGUCGCUGCCGCAGCGCUGGAAGAGUUGAAGAUCUAG